CCGCGAGAAGGCGCCAUCAUGUCGGCCGCUCCCCGCCUACGCAUCGGUCGUAACGAGAUCACGUUCAGUGAGGCAGACAGACUCGGUGAGCUCCAGACCAGUGCCCACCGAUGUGUCAGCUGAAUUCGUGUGUGCGCGCCCACCAGGAAGCGGCGGCUUUGGCACCGUUUUCAAAGGGUCAUGGAAAGGCCAGCCGUGGCUGUCAAGGUGGUCAACGAGGACAUCAGGAAAAAGAAGGAUACACAUGUGGGCAGAAGCUUGUCAAUGACCAAUGAAGACAGUCACCGGUUUUUCACUCAGGAUCUCUACGACGAAGUCUUGAAGGAGGUGGAGCCGAUGCUGCAUAUCAGGCACCCCUAUGUCGUCACCUUUCUAGGCAUGUGCUCAGACAAAACGUACGGGCCCAUCAUGGUCACAGGUGAGGUCUGCUGUCGCGCUGUCUCGAUUUGCGUUUUGAUUGUUUUCAUGGGCUGCACCUCAGAGUUAUGCGAGGCUGGCUCGCUGGAGGACUACCUUGAGACAAGAGGACCUCUGUCGGCCACUAUCCGCACAAAAUUCGCAAAACAGGUAGAAGAGCAAUGAGUGAAAUGGGCUGAAUCAGGACGGUGUCUGUUUUGUUGCUCAACAGAUUUGUGAGGGCGUGCAGGCGUUUCACGACAAGAACAUCGUGCACCGUGAUUUGAAACCUGGCAACAUACUCGUGAGCAGGCAUAUGGAGAGACUCACGCUGGUAUCGUCCCUUUGUCUGUUGUUGUGCAGGUGACCGAAGGACUGGACCUGAAGAUCACAGACUUCGGUCUCGUCAUCGAUCUCAACCGCUCGUUGGCAUCUGCAGGCGGUAAGCAACGUAUGAGGCAAAGACAAACUCGUUAGUGGAGACACAAUAGAUGCCCUUGUACGAUUGCACGUGCAGGAGCUGGUACAAUCCUUUACAUGGCACCAGAGGCGUUUGAUCCCAAGGGUGAGCCAUGUGUAAAGGCAUUGAGAUCGAGUCGAAGCACACCUAUCGACCUUUCGUCGCUGUUCUGUGUAGCAGCCAAAGGAUUAACAACUAAGGCGGACAUCUGGGCCGUCGGGGCCAUCAUUCUGCAAGUGCACGGCGUCUCUUUGUCACAUCUGUUUGUCAAACUCAUCCAACUGAGACAGGUCAAUUGAACAGAAAAAAUGGUAUGUGAUGAAAUGUCACAGCUAUUGUCACCGAUGGUAUAUGAAGGCACCCGACAUUCCCGAGUCCAUCCCUUCGCACGCCAAGGCGAUCAUUAUAGUAAACGGACGUGACCAUGUCGAUUGCGGCACUUCAGCGACCCUUGUCGUCCCUCUCUCUUUGUGUGUGUUCGAUGAAUGGAUCCACCAGAAGUGUUUUGCCCUGGACCCUGCCGACCGACCCACGGCGGGACAGGUGAAUAAGAGCGCGAUUUUGGGGAGGACACACAUUCAGUGUGUUUAUUGCAAAUCCGCUUCUCAAGGAGCUGACAAGGACUCCCACGCCCCCACCCAGGCCCACCCCGCAACCGAUGAUCAAACGCGUAAACACACAUUAAUGGACACAACGAUCACACAAUGAGGGACACAUUCUUGACUAAUGCAGCUGAAUCCCGCACGUCAAUGGGCCGCUCUUUUGUGCUGGUUGUGUGCAGAAUGACAUCUUCGAGGCCUCCAAGGCUGGCGAUGAGCAGUCCUGCAUAAUGCUCAUCAACAAGGAGGGCAUAAAAAUCCUCGACAAACGAGAGGGGGUCUUCAAGGUUUGCGCAGUCGCGAAGUCGCCAGAAAUGCACUCAAUGGUCUGUCGGUGUGCUCUCAUUUCUGCGUGCAGAAGACGCCCUUCCUGGUGGCUGCGGGGGAGGGCCACGUGGGCGUCAUGUCGGUCAUGUAUGCGAGCAAACCUGACGUACUGCAGCAAACAACUGUGGUACCUACCGCCACAGACGAAGCACUUUCUGUGCUGCUGCUGGUGGUGAUGAGAUGUGUUGGGUGUGAUGGAAUGCAGCGUGGUGACACUGCUAUACACAGGGCUGCCGUGAGGGGC